GACCCUUGUGGUUCUUUGGGCUGCGGAUAACAGCGAUGGAAGGUGCGCGGGGGGACGCCCCGGAGUCCAGCUCCGCGGCCCCCGAGUGUGCGGAGCCGGCUGGCUCGGGCGGCGGCCCCGAGGGGUCGCUUCCCGAGGAGCGCGAAGGCGGCGCCCGGCCCCUGGAGGCGGCCCCCAAGAGACUCUGCGGGUAUUUGAGUAAGUUUGGCGGCAAGGGGCCCAUCCGGGGCUGGAAAUCCCGCUGGUUCUACUACGACGAGAGGAAGUGUCACCUGUAUUACUCGCGGACCGCGCAGGACGCAAACCCCCUGGACAGCAUCGACCUCUCCAGCGCGGUCUUUGACUGCAAGGCGGACGCUGAAGAGGGCACCUUUGAGAUCAAGACCCCCGGCCGGGUUAUCACCCUGAAGGCCGCCACCAAGCAAGUGAUGCUGUACUGGCUGCAGCAGCUGCAGAUGAAGCGCUGGGAGUUCCACAACAGCCCGCCUGCACCUCCCGCCGUGCCCGAUGCCGCCCUGGCUGGGAACGGGCCCGCCAUGCACCUCGAGCUAGAGCAAGAGGAGACGGAGCUGGAGGAGUUCUUGUGCCCCGUGAAGACGCCCCCUGGGUUCGUGGGGGCGGCUGCUGCCUUGCAGCCUGCCCCCGCCUUGCCCUCUGCCCUUCAGAAUCUUUCCCUCAAGCACCUGGGAACUGAAAUACAGAACACGGUGCACAACAUCCGUGGCAACAAGCAAGCCCAAGGAACAGGCCACGGCUGUCCAGGGGAGGAGUCACAGAACGGGGAGCCUCAGCGGGAGGAGCGGCCCUCGGUCCCUGACCCCAGCGCCCCAGGGAGAGAGCCGGCAGGGUCUCCAAAGCCCGCACCCAAGUCCUCCCUGGCCGCCAAUCUCAUUCAGAAAGCCAAGCUCCAGAGCAACACCUUCCCGCUCUUUUCCGAAGGGCUCCUGAGGACCCGGACCGCCCAGGAGAAGGUGGCGGCCUUGGAGCAGCAGGUCCUGAUGCUCACCAAGGAGCUGAAGUCCCAGAAGGAGCUGGUGAGGAUCCUGCACAAGGCGCUGGAGGCGGCCCAGCAGGAGAAGAGGGCGUCCAGCGCGUACCUGGCGGCCACCGAGGACAAGGACCGCCUGGAGCUGGUGCGGCACAAAGUGCGGCAGAUCGCCGAGCUGGGCAGGCGGGUAGAGGCCCUGGAGCAGGAGCGGGAGAGCCUGGUGCACACGGCUCAGCUGCGGGAGCAGCAGGUGCAGGAGCUACAGCUGCACGUGCAGCUGCUCAUGGACAAGAACCAGGCCAAGCAGCAGGUCAUCUACAAGCUCUCUGAGAAGGUCACCCAGGACUUCACACACCUGCCGGACCAGCCCCCCGAGGCUGCUGACAGGGACUUCCUGAGCCAUCAGGAGAGGCUGGAGCACAUGAAGGAUGACAUGGAAGCUUUCCGGACCCAGAAUCGUUUCCUCAACUCCGAGAUCCACCAGGUCACGAAGAUCUGGAGAAGUGUGGCGGAGAAGCAGAAGGCCCUCCUGACCAAGUGUGCCUAUCUCCAAGCCAGGAACUGCCAGGUGGAGAGCAAGUACCUGGCCGGGCUGCGGAGGCUGCAGGAGGCCCUGGGCGAUGAGGCCGGCGAGUGCUCGGAGCUGCUGCGGCAGCUCAUCCAGGAGGCGCUGCAGUGGGAGGCCGGGGAGGCCCCUGCCGACGGCGUGGAGCUGAGCCCCAUCAGUGAGUAUGACGAAUAUGGCUUCCUGACGGUGCCCGACUACGAGGUGGAAGACCUGAAGCUGCUGGCCAAGAUCCAGGUGCUGGAGGUGCGCUCCCACCACCUGCUGGCCCUGGAGGCAGUGGAGCGGCCGCUGCAGGAGCGCUGGGCUGCCCUGGGCGAGCUCGCACCCUCGGCUGAGCUCAAGCAGCUGCUGCGGGCGGGAGUGCCCCGCGAGCACCGGCCGCGCGUCUGGAAGUGGUUGGUCCACCUCCGCGUCCGGCACCUGCACGCUCCCGGCCGCUACCAGGAGCUGCUGCGCCGGGGCCAGGCCUGUGAUCACCCUGCGGCCCGCCAGAUCGAGCUGGACCUGAACCGGACCUUCCCCAACAACAAGCACUUCACCUGUCCCACCUCAAGCUUCCCCGACAGGCUCCGCCGGGUGCUGCUGGCCUUUGCCUGGCAGAACCCCGCCAUCGGCUACUGCCAGGGGCUGAACAGGCUGGCGGCCAUCGCUCUGCUCGUCCUGGAUGAUGAGGAGAGCGCCUUCUGGUGCCUCGUGGCCAUUGUGGAGACCAUCAUGCCGGCCGAUUACUACAGCAAGACGCUGACGGCGUCCCAGGUGGACCAGCGGGUGCUGCGGGACCUGCUCUCGGAGAAGCUGCCCAGGCUGAUGGCCCACCUGGGGCAGCAGCAGGUGGACCUGUCCCUCAUCACCUUCAACUGGUUCCUCGUGGUGUUCGCAGACAGCCUCAUCAGCGACAUCCUGCUGCGGGUCUGGGACGCCUUCCUGUACGAGGGCACCAAGGUGGUGUUCCGCUACGCCCUGGCCAUUUUCAAGUACAACGAGAAGCAGAUCCUGAGGCUGCAGGACGGCCUUGAGAUCUACCAGUACCUGCGCCUCUUCACCAAGACCAUCUGUGACGGCCGGAAGCUGAUGAGCAUCGCCUUCAACGACAUGAACCCCUUUCCCAUGAAGCAGCUGCAGCAGCAGCGCGCGGCGCACCGCGAGCGCCUGGAGGCCGAGCUGCGGGAGCUGGAGCAGCUGAAGGCCGAGUACCUGGAGAGGCAGGCAUCCUGUGCCCGAGCCAUGCCCGAGGCCUGUGCCAUCGACGACGACGGGGACGGGGAGGCCUGACACGGCCGCCCUCCCGCCCAGAGUCUGCCCCACGCUCAGCCCAGGGGACCUGGGAGCCCCAGCGUCCUGGGAGCCAGCCUGGCCCUAGGGCUGCUCAUCAGGACCUUGUCUGGGUCACCUGUACACGGGCGCUCCCCAGGGAUGCCCCCCGUUGUCCCCGCACAGAGCACGCCAGCCUGCAGACGCGCUGUUAUGCCCCUAUAAAACAGCAUCCGAGUUGGCAGGAGUUCACUGGCUUUGGGACUUUGGAACUUGGCCUUCCGGCCCGGGCAUCUCUGGUUCCAGUCCCUGCGAGGCCAGCCCGGUCCACCAAGCACCCUGAGUGUUUGGGGUAUCUCCCUUCCUGGUGGCCAUCUGCAGGGUGAGCCAUGGCCAGAGCCGUGCGCCCGUGUCCUUUGUGUUCACAGCCCCUUUUGGGGGCCCCCGGGAGACCCAGGAGGAAUGGUGUGGGGGCUGGGUAGAGCAUGGGCCACUCGGACCCCCCACUCUGGCCCCGUGCUGCCCCCCCCCCAGGCUCUCCCCUGCAGACAGGCUGCUUGGCAGGUUGGGGAGGCAGUGAGUGACACGGCUGCAGCUGGGGCUGGCUCCUCAUGGCACCUGGGCUCUUCCAGGUCCUUCCUCAGCAGACAGGGGCUUCCGAGGCCAGGGCCAGGGCUGCACAGGUGACCGGGGCGACUGUGCCAGGAGAGCUUGCACUUGCUCCCUGGGGGCGGGCGGUUUAUUCCAUGGGAACCUCCUCUCCGGGAAGCCAUGUGGGAUUAGGCCAGGCUUCUGCUCGCAGCUCCUGCCCCAGGCUGCACAGGAGCCACGCCCACCACUGCAGACAGUGCCAGGCCCUCUGGGCCACCCUCCUGCCAGCUGCAGGGUGAGCCUGAGUGGCCAGCAUACAAGGCCAGCUCCCCCACACCGCGGCCCACACAGCCCCAGUGAGGGGCACUCACAGGUCCACUCCUCCAUGGCCACGCGGUGCUUCCCAUGGACGCCCGCAGGCCUUCACCUCCCCCCACCCAGGCCCUUUCACCCUCUGGUGGUGGUGAGAGGGGCGAUGAGUGGGUCCCAGCUUCUGGAAGGCUGGAUACGGGCCCGGCACUAGGUGACGAGGGGCACCAUGCCCGGUGCCUGGCAUGCAGUAACGUGCAGCCGUGGUACCCAGUGGCCUUUGCGCAGUGGAAACAUCCCCUGGGGCCUGCAAGGCCAAGGCUGAACUGAACACAGCCUUGAGACACAUCGAGAAGAGCAACCAAAAUGGGAUCAGGCAGCGGGCACGGGGCUGCGCCGGCAGUGACACCUCCCUUUCUCCUCCCCUCUCCAUCCUUCUUCCUACCCCCUCUCCUUCCUCUCCUCUCCCUCCAGACCCUGGGCUCUGGCCGUCCCCUCCUGGGGACAGGGCAGUGUCUCACCUUUGACCCAGCCCCGUGGAACCCCUAGUUCCUACCUGGCUGCACCUGUGAGUCACCUGGGUAGCCUCUUACAGAUAGUGAUACCAGGCCCCCACGCUCAGAGCCUGCUGUAGGGCCUCGGCGUCCCCAUACCUGCAAAGCUGAAGGUCUGGGCCUGGCUGUGGCUCACCAGGCCGCUGACCUGACCCAAGGAGUGCACACAGCCUUGGGUCCUGCUCAAACCCAGAGGCCGUGGAAUCUGUCACAGGGGAGAGGGCAGGCCUGGCCUCCCGGGACAUAGGAAUGGGGGGAGCAGCUCCCAGCUGGAGUCGCAGCCAUCCUCGUCCUCAGGCAAGUGAGGGAGGCCGACACCCACGUGACACCAGGGGAUGUCAGCCUGCUGCUGCCACCAGUGCCACCGCCGCCACCCAU